AUGUCUGCGACUUCGUCAAAAAGUGAAAACUUUGGCAAAGCGACUUAUUUGACUGGACGAGGUAAAAACAAAGUUUUGACAUAUAUGAGCAAGAAGAGCAAAACGCUGGUCUAUGAGUUUAUGGUCGCUUCAAAAUUCAAGGUAAAAUAGUUAAUUACAUUCUAAAUAAGUAUAAUUUUUACAGACUCCCGGAUUGGUUUCUUGGAAAUGUGUUAGUUGUGCAAAACUCAAGAAUGAUUAUCGAUCAAUGGGUUCAAAAUUGAACAAGAAGAUUCCUUUGAUUCUUGUCGAUAACGACAUUAUAAAAGAGGAUCCAGAACGACCAUUGAAUGCCGAACAUUUUUGUACUGGAAAAGACAUUAUUGAAAGUGUCGUAAAUCGUUCAAGACUAGAAUUUCUUUCAAGACAAGAACCAAUGGACAAAGCCACUUUACAUAGCGAAGUUCUUGAAUUUUCGAAAACUUUAGGAGAGCAAGGUCAAUUUCCAUUGAACCCGAAAGAGAAAAAGAUGGUUCAGAGAUAUAUAGUAGGAAAUAUACCAACAUUAUAUGAAGGUGCUCAACGACGAAGAGAUUUCAAAAGAGGAAUUAGAAAGGAGUUUUUCUACGGAUUUCCAAAUCCAAAUAAGAAGAAAAAUGCGCAUGGAACUCUUCUUUUGCCAGUUGCAACACGAUCCGAGCCACCAAAAUCUUCUCCAGAACCUCGAGUUUCUGAAUUUGUAGAAGUAUGUUAUGAAGAUGAUGAUGAACAAGGAACAAGUACUGGUGUAUAUUGUAAGUUUAAGUUGUAUUUUCAAAAUUCUAUUUUUAUGUGUAAUGUUUUAUUCCAGAUACAUCUGAUGGUCCAUCAACAUCUGCUGAAGAAUUAGUCGAAGAAAUAAUUGUAGAAGAAAUUGAAGAAGUUAUCGAAACUUGUGAUCCUCCACCUCCCCUUUCUCCACAACAAAAUGUUCAUGGUGAUAUGGUUUAUGGAGAUAUGCAACAUGUUGCAUAUGAUAUCGAGUUAGGAUAG